GAAAUGUGACUAACCACAUUUGAAUACCGCAUCUAUAAAUAAACGAGGCUUUGGGACUUUACCCAAGUUUUAGGUACAGUGUUCUAACUAAACGCUACGAUGCCAGAACCCGCCAAGUCCGCGCCGGCCCCGAAGAAGGGCUCCAAGAAGGCGGUGACCAAGGCGCAGAAGAAGGACGGCAAGAAGCGCAAGCGCAGCCGCAAGGAGAGCUACUCGGUGUACGUGUACAAGGUGCUGAAGCAGGUGCACCCCGACACGGGCAUCUCGUCCAAGGCCAUGGGCAUCAUGAACUCGUUCGUCAACGACAUCUUCGAGCGCAUCGCGGGCGAGGCGUCGCGCCUGGCGCAUUACAACAAGCGCUCGACCAUCACGUCCAGGGAGAUCCAGACGGCCGUGCGCCUGCUGCUGCCCGGGGAGCUGGCCAAGCACGCCGUGUCCGAGGGCACCAAGGCCGUCACCAAGUACACCAGCUCCAAGUAAACGUGCCAAGCCCAGUGACUGGGAAUUCAUUAUUUACCACGGACUACCUUUGCUGGGAAGUCUAAAUGAGUGCAAAACGUCUGUAAAUGAAAAGGGAGGACUCAUAAAAUCUGGAGAAAUGGAAUUCUGCAUUGAUUGUAGAUAACAAUCCUUCGAGAUCUCGCCUUUCCAGACAUACAAUUUGUUUUUCACUUUAUGGCCUGGCAUGGAUGUCUGAGUGGGUAAGACCUAAGCACUGGUUUGGCUUUGGUGACGAUCUUGAAGGUCAACAGCUUGGUUGAGCUCAGCUGACAUUUGAGGGGUCACCUCCAGCAUCUGAAUUAAGGGAAUCACAAUACUUGGAAGCAGUCUCAAACUUCAGCGUGCACCAAAAUCACCUGCACUGUUUUUGUAAAACAGAUGGCUGGGCCCACUUCACAGAUCCUGAUUCCCUGGAUCUCUAGCAGGAUCCCAUUAUUUGCAUUUCCAUGUUAUCCAAGUGCUGCUGCGAUGCUCCGGGUGCAGGACUCACACCACAGACCUGUGCUUUCAACCAGAAGAGGGGAUUUCCUCGCAAUACUAAUACGAAACAGCCACACAACAAUCACACUCCCCUUUCAACGGGAACUGGAAAGUCCUAAGAAGUGGCAGCGGCCGUCCUCCGCCCCCUGCGUCCACUCGGGAGUGGAAAUGACCCCCAGGCCCGACAAGCCCCGCCCCCACGUCCCCGGGCUCCUAGCCACGCCCCCACGCCGGCUCCCUCAGCGGCCCCUCCUUCCACGCCGUCCACGCUGCCCUCUCAUUGGUCCGCUUCCGCGCACACGGCCCGCCCAGUGCCCCAAGGAGCCUCCAGUUCCGCGUGCGCCACGCUACGUUCUUCCGGGUCUCCCCCUCCCCCGCCCCCGUGGGGUCGCGCGUCGCCUCCGCCUUGGCGGUUUCCCGCGGCGCCCCCUGCUGGAGCCGGCCUCGCACAGCUGCCUCUGGACCUUCGCAGCAACGCUGGGCGGUGCGCAGAGAAGGACGCAGAGCCGAGCAGUGUGCAGCCUGAGCAGCGGGACCGCGGUGUCCCUCGGUGGCCUCCUGUGCGGCUGCGUGAGCUGGCCCUGCUCCUCGUCUGCAGUGGCCGAGGGACCCUCACGGAGCAUGCGCAGGGCAGCUGGCUUUCACAGCCCCAAGGACUGUCCCAAAUUUAUAGGACCCUUCCUGCAAAUAUUCGAGUAUUAGUUUCUUUCAUGAUAGUCAUUCUCAUCCAUGUAUCUAGAACUGCUUUUACUUGGCAAGCAUGUGAGAAGAUUUUUUUUCUUUUCUAUCUUAGAAAAGUCCCUUCUAUUACAGUUUAGCUAAAUGAUGAUGAGUUCAGUAUAUGUGAAACUGUUUUUUUGGGUAUCUAUUGUUAUUUUUCUGAAGCCAGAGUUGAAGUUUGAAAUUAUUAAAUGUAUACCUUGUAAUAAAUCAGAUAUUUGUAUGCGUUAGGUGCAGGAAUCACAGAUGAAGUAUGUUCAUUGUUUGUUCAGUCUUCUAUAACCGUAAGCGUUUUCCUUGGGUAUAUGAGAUUCCAAGAGUACCAUGCUGAAAACUGGCCUACAGUUAAAAACAUGAAGUUCUAAUUCUGGCAGUUCCCGCCAUACAUAGUGGCUGUGUGGUCAGGUGCAUCAAGACCCUGAAUGUUGCAUCUUACCAGGGGAUUUUUAUUUUGUCAUUAGGGAGUAUAGUUCUUUCUCAUGACCGGAAGUUCUGUCAUUAGUUUUAAAAAUGGGCCUUGUUCUGAAUGUCCCUUGCUUCUUACCUACAUUAUUGCAUUUUUACUUCGUUAAACUUUAAGUAUAAUUUCAAUAUCUGAAAUUAUUUGUCUGAGGGACAGGAGGUGAUCUCUUUAUUUGGAAGCCUAACUUGUCACAGUGUGGUUUCUUCCUCCAUUAGGUCACAUUAAUUUGAGUUUAUAUUUGUACACCCAGACUGCUCGGAGAGGGCUUGGUGUUUAACAUGCGCUCAGCAAAUAAUACGUGAAUACUUAGAUAGAUGAUCGAUAGAUAAAUAGGUAGGUAGGUGGAUGGAUGGAUAGAUAGAUGGAUGGAUGGAUAGAUAGGUAGGUAGAUAGAUGAUAGAUACAUAGAUGAUAGAUAGAUAGAUAGAUAGAUAGAUAGAUAGAUAGAUAGAUAGAUAGUAAAUAAUGCAUACCUACCUAGACAACUUGGGUUAAAGAUGCUUCCUUCCUGGAAAAGGUUUAAGUUUGAGUCCCUGAGACACUAGAGGGCGCCCACCACUCCUUAAUUUCAGGUAACUUCCUCUGAAAGUCUAGACUCUAGGCCUUUGGAGAAAUCCUUAUGGUAAAAUUCCUCUGCCUUUCUCCACAGUGCCACUUCUGAGACAAACAGGUUUCCUUCUUAGAAAUCUUUGAUAGAUAUUGUUUCCUCAAGCCCAAGCUUUCUCAAGAGCCGUGGCCCCAUGCUAGCUGUCUCCAGUUCAGUUGAAAAGCCUAGAAUCCUCUUUUUCCGAAGAGGCUGGCAUUAAUUGACAAAGUGCAGAAUCUGAUCAUGGUAUUUGCCCCCAGGGAACCCAAUCAGCUGUGUUUAUGAGGCUUCAGCUCCUAGAUGUGUAUUGUUCUUGGAGAUUUGGGGAGUUUUCCUUGGUUUCUUCUUCUCUGGGCCAUGAUGUGUUACAGUGUUUUUGCAGUUUAUCUAGUCCUUAGCUAUUUUGCUUCAGGGUGGCUUUCCAGAAUAUUUUCUUGUCCACACUGGAACCAAAAGUCCUUACAGUGUACCUCUCUAUCGAAUACUUUGAGCCUUCAAAUUUGUUUAAUA